CUCAAUACGAUCCAGAUGUGUGUGUUCUUGCAUGUACGGCGUCUCCACUCCUCCCUCGCCAUCACACCAUCACAAAAACCCCCUCCUCCAGACUCUCCCCAAUCUUUAUAUCCCCUCUCCUGUCUCGCUACCUCUUUCAAAACCUCUGCAGCGGGUGUCUGGGAGAGAUGGAGCGAUCUCUGCUUGUGUCUUUUCUGUGUGUGUGGGCCCUCAGCAGCCUGUCUGCAGCAUCAGAACUGUAGUUUUGAAUACUUUUUGGAAAGACAUGUGGAUGCAACAGAACAGUGCCCAGAGAGGAUGCUGGGUAACGAGAGAAGACAAACGUGCCCAAAAAAGUGUCAGCAAGAUAAAGACUGUGGCAACAAACGCCAGUGUCUCUGCGACGGCCAGUGUGGACUCAGCUGUGUGGCCCCAGGUCGCACGUGUCCUUGGCCUCUCCCACCUGGAAAGAAUUUUGAUGUAGCCCUUCUUUCCCCUUCACCCUCUUUCUCCGCUCUGCUCGAGGUUCGCUGUGAGCCCGGGUUCACCAUGCAUAACGGGCUGGACACUACAAUACGCCGUUGCCAAGGCGACCGGCAGUGGAGUGGAGACGAGCCUGUUUGUACAGCCUCCUCAGGAGGAGGUCCUGCAGCAGAGCCGGUUCUGGUUCCUGAGGUGUCCUGUACUUUGCCUGAUGAUGAUGAUCUGCUCUCUGUGCAGGGCAGCGCUAUCGUGGGAUCCAACAUCCAGUACCAAUGUGCACCUGGAUCUGUGCUGAUUGGAAAUAGUGAUAAUGUCUGUCAUGAGAACCAGACGUGGCAGUACCCUCACCCCAUCUGUCAACGUGUGGUUUGUCCUCCUCCUAAGGAGGUUGAACGUGGACAUCUGGUGGCUGUCCAGAGAACUGAAUAUGAAGUGGGCGAUACAAUCUACUAUCUCUGCAAGAAGAACUUCUUGCUGGACGGACCAAAUCAAGUGACUUGUUUACCUAAUGGGACAUGGAGUGCAGAGCCUGCCUGCCGGGCCCGCUGUCCAGUCCCAGCUCAACGCAGCAGGGUGAUCGUGGGAGGAGUAAAGCGUUGGCCAUAUGAUCUGACGGAUGGUGUGGUUGCUCAUGGAGAGAAUGUGACAUUUUUCUGUAAACAUCCAGAAAAACUGUGCAGCUUCACUGCCACGGAGGUCUGUGUGGACGGACAGCUAGAGCAACCUAGCUGCUAUCUUGACCCCACCUGGCUGCAGUUCAAGCUCUUUCCUCAUCGGCUGGUUUCAGAGAUUGAUCCAUGUGAUCCCGCUGACCUUCAGUGAACUCAUUAAAUUUUGACAACACAUUUUGCAGGUUGGCGCACACCGCUCUCUUUUCACUCUGAGACCAUGAUCUGGAGUCUGGAUCAACAUAAAUUGUAUUAUUAACAUGCCAACUCGGUUUGUUUUUGGAACGGAUCUCAGUAGGAUCUCACAGUUAUGCCUCAUUUAACUAUUUUCUUUGUUGUGUGUUGCAUUGACAAAGUUACCUUAAACAGAAUUUGUGUCAUAAUUGAUAUGUGCAAACACCCUCAUACUUGCUUGAGGUCUUGGUUGCUGCAAGCUGCUCUCCUUUCAUGUAUUUUAUUGUCAUACAACGUGUAAAACUGAUUUUUGAUGUAGAGUUGGUGUUUAUCUUGUUAUAAUAUUUUAUUUCUUCUCAAACCCACAACCAGUGCAGAGGCUAAAGGUGAACUCAGAAACCAUGCCAUGUACUGAUGCUCUUUGUAUGCCAAAAGCAGUUUUAUGAUAUGUUUAGAGGUAACUGAUCUUUGACUGGACUGCUUAAUCGGAUUGGAUUACAUCAAUAAAACUUAUUAUAGCAUAAAGCCUUGCUUAAUUAUUGCUGUUAUACAGAUUCAGUUUUGCAUUGUGUAAACUUCGCAGUGAAUCAUCUUCAAAUGUUUUUUCUUCUUGAAUUAAAGAAACUGGAGUGUUUGUUGUCAUU